AUGGACAAUUUUAAUAGCAUGGUAAUUUUGUGUCUGGUUCAAUUUACACUGAGCGAAGACAGAAUAUCUGUGGACACGGUAGGUACAAUAACGGCGACUGCAGGUUACUCCAUAACAGAUAAUAUCUCUCCGUCCGUUAAAAGUCUGACAUCGAGCAUAGAAUUUUCUGGUGACCACGAUUCUUCUAAAGACACGUCUUCAUCAAGUGAAGGUUAUACGUCAUUAACGCUUGGUCACCGAAACCCUCAAAGUUUGUCGUUGAGAUCCAGACAAGCUAGGGGGAAAUCGCCUAGCCAGCCGUGGAGCACUGAAGAAAAAGACAUUGGUAUCCCAUCUUUUUCAUUGACCGAUCACCGAGUGAAUGAACAAUUAUAUAGUGUUAAACCUCAAACGUUUGACAAUCAAUCACCACAGUUAUCCGACAUGAAGAGUAAUGAAAGUGUAGAGAAGUCUGCAGCAGUGCCAUCAAUUACAUAUGGGAAAAAGAUGCACAAAAACGACGGUCACGACGAUCGACCGGUUUUCAACGAUUGGUCCGAAGAAGUACACAUGUCAUUUGACAACAAUAAACCAAUUAGAUCACGUAGGAAGAAUAAACACCAACUGGAUAGUGAACAGGAAAAAAGAAAAACACAGAACAAAAAAUUAACAGGAGACAAUAGUGACAAUAAGGAUGGCUGGCAUGAAUUAAGUCCCAAUAUGGAAAUCGCCACUGGAAUUAUUACAUCUGUCCAAGAGCAUGAUUCUUCACAAGAAUCAUCUGGUAGUUCAGAAUUGUUUAAGGCCCAUCAUCAUCCGGACCUAUACAAUGCGGACAGUAUUUCCAGCUUGGAAGACGCGGGGCACCAGGCCGAACCACAGAACUUCAACCACAAGCAGGUGCUGUCGAAAAUGAAUCAUUUCGACUUCAGCAACGCCGUGUCGCAGGCCAACAAGACGCCUGUGCCCAGGGAGAAGAGGUUGAACUACUUGCAGCCAGGUGGAGGUGGUCUCCCGGCAGCCAGAUAUCCAUAUAGUGGCGGUGGGCCUUUGCAACAGUCUCAGGUGCAGGCUGUCGGACCCUCUGCGCAACCACACUCCGCCGCAGCCGUAAACACCGUGGCCGCAGCUAAGUCCGUGAAAAUCGAACAACCGUCUGCGACGCCCAACUACCACAGCAUCGUGGUGCCCAUACCGAUCUCGCACCAGAUGUACGCGGCCAUCGGCGGUGACCCAUCGUCCCCUGUCCACGGACACCAGUUGGCCAGCAGUACUGUACAGCAGGCGAUGAUGUCGUUGCCGGUCGUGCACAACGUGUUCUUCAAGACGGACGAGAACGGCGGUGGCAAGACUAUGCCGGCCAUCGUGAUACCGCUAAAACCGGAAUACCUUCAUCAAUUGCAGCAACAGCACUACGCGCACAUGCAACAGCAACAGUCGGCAGUGGACGACUCGCUGAACGCUGCCGGACACCAGCGUCCGGUGCACCAAGGGGCCGGCAAAGCGUUGCAGUUCCAACAACUUCAUCAACAGCAGCUGCAGCAGCUACAGCAGCAACAGCAACAGUCGUCGGCUUCCCCAUCGUCGUUGACGCCUUCGCCAUACGCGCAAAAGCCAAAAACGACCAAAGUCAAAAAACCGUUUGGUCUGAUGAAGGACAACGACCUGCAACACCGCGUCAAGCAGCCGUUUGGCCUGCAACACCAGUUCUACAACAACCCGUUGGUUGGUGGAGGGGGAGGCGUCGGGCACGUACAGCUUCACCACGCCGGACACCAGCAGCUUAACGGUGGCAUCGGCGGUGGCCACCAACAUCCACAACAUGAUGCGGCCGAUGAUUCUCGAUACGCACAGACGGCCACCGCGCCCGCACCGGUACCCAUCCACGCGUAUUCAGGCACUGGCCAUCCGAUCGUCGUCAAGCGGCCGCACGCUUACGGUUACGUAUCACCCGCGUCCCCGGCGUCAACCAAGUACGCACAGGCCGUAAACAAAUCACCACCACUGCACCAUCAUAACCACAACAACCAUCACCACCACAACAACAACCUGCAUCAUCACCAUCAACAGCAACAGCAGCAGCAGCCGUCCACCGAGGAAUUGGCCACCGCCAUCGCUCAACAGCAACUGAUACAGCAGCAGCAGCCGUACAAGGCGACCACGUACCAUCCAGGUUUCGCGUACCUUAACGGCCCGGAUGAUGAUUACCCGUACAAGCCCAUUUACAAGGACAUGAACAAACGCAACGACGUGCUAGUCGUCCGGACAGCUGACGGUCGAAAGUGA